ACGCAGCCUCCGCUGGAUCUGGCAUUGCCACGGUAACCGGGCUGCUCCGUUCAGCCGCACUGAUUUCUCUUUUCGCUGUUUCUUGUUUUCCUUAGGAAUCUCCCCGAAGGAAAAGAUCCACAUCGCUAGCGACACAGAAAAUCGACAUGGUGAAGCUGGGCAGCACUUUUGGCGAGAAGGUGGAGAGGGAGCCGUCUCUGGAGGAUGGCUUUGAUAACAUCCCUCUGAUCACACCACUGGAGGUUAACCAGCUCCAGAAACCAUUUCCAGAUAAGGUCAUCGUCAAAACAACCACUGAGUAUCAGCUGCAAAAGAAGCAAAAGAAGAAGCUGUACAUGCCCGGCAUUAAGAAGUUAAACAUAAACCUUUAUGAUGAGGUAUCCGAGAAGGUCAAGCUCACAGGACUUAUUCUCAUGACCUUGGCUUUCCUAGCAUGUCUGCUGCUACUGGUUAUGUAUAAAGCUCUGUGGUACGACCAGCUUAGCUGCCCCGAGGGCUUCGUCCUCAAGCAUAAGCACUGCACCCCGGCCGCUCUGGAGAUGUACUACCCGGAGCAGGACGCCGGCUCGAGGGGAAGCCUGUACACCGCCAUCAGCCAUCUGAACCCAGCUAAGAAAACUCUUCCUGAGCUCUCGUCUCCCUGGCUGCCUGUCAUUAACGCCAUGAAGGAAUCUCAGAAGGCCAGGGGACGCGAGCCACUCCCAGCAGUGAGGGAUGGAGAAAGAGAGCGGGAUGUAGAAAGAGGAGAAGGAGGAGGAGCUAAAACAGAGAUGUUAUGUGUUUGUUCGUUGGAGUGAAUGAGAAAGUACAGUAUUUAAAGGAAGGAUGUGUGAGCGUGUGUGUGUGUGUGUGUGUGCGCGUGUCCUGGUGUCGCCUCUGUACAUGUCCUUAGUAUCCAAAUAUCCAGAUGAUAUCAGAUAUUUGUCUGAGAAGAUCUCCGAAAGCAGAGACACCUGUUGCAGUCAUCAGAUCUCUCUGAGGAAAUCUCCUUUACUCAUACUUGACGAUACAAACGCUAUCAGCUGAUCAGAAACCGUCUCAGUGUAUUCAAUCCAAUGUAGAUAAUUAGCAACUCCCUCUUUAGAUUCAUACCUUCAUUGUAUUUGUGGAUUCAUUAGUUCCCGCCACUGUGUUUGUGCUCUUUACUCAUUUCCCGGUUUUAACCUGAAAGUAGCUUAGCUUAGCAGAACGACCCGUGCAUGGCGUGUAAAACAUGCUUUUAAAAGGUUUUAAGGCGCAACAGGGAAAAAAAAGCAUUCAUGAUUCAUAAUUUUAAGAAAAAUCAUAAUUUCAGUAGUUUCACAAAAAAAUUCUAAAUGAUAAAUCUAUACACUUUUCUCCUUAAUAAAUUUUGCUAAAAACAAAACAUGAUCUGAUAAUCAUAAAUAAAGCAUAAUAAAGCUACAGUAGCAAACCAUGUUUUGCUUUAAGCGUAGACGUCCUCUCCACCCAUGCUGUAUAAUCACUGGCUGUUUACAUAAAUCGCUGAAUGUAACGUGAAAUACAAGUGAACUGGAUUUUGAAAAUGUAUUUAACACUUAAUGUAUUGGGGUUUGUUUGUUUAUUUGUUUGUUUGUGCUUAAAUUGACAUCCCCCAUCAAAUUCAAGCCACCAGCAACUGUAGAGGUAUUUCAUAUACAACAACAUCGUGUGGAAUAUGAAAUAAAAAAAACACACAAAAUUAGAUUUUUUGCGAAGCUGUCCGUAUAGGACGCUGUUAUGAAUGUGUUAACUCUCCUACAAUAUCUCCCAGAUUCCCAUCUUGAACCAGUUUGCCCCAGAUUGUACACAUCAUAUUUAUUUCACCUUAAAAUAUUUAUUUAAUUAUGCAGCAUUUUUGUAAGUACUCAUCUGUAUAGCUUUGGGGUGUUGAUUUGCUGUAAGUAUUUAAUUAAUUGUGAUACAUUCCGAUAUAUAAAUAUAUAUUAAGCUGGAAGUUUAUUUUAUUAUUUAUUAAUUAUUUUCAUACUUUAUUUAUUUAAAAACAUUUUUUUUUGGGGGGGGGGUGUAUAUUUUUACUGGAACAGAACGGUUUGUGUGUGAUCUUUUUAAGAAGCAGCUCCUGAUGUUAAUUCUCCACUAUUAAGUCAUGUGUACACUGUAUGUGGCAGUCCACUGUUAUUAACUGGCUUCAUCUUACACAAAUAAAGACUUCAGUAUUCAGCA